AUGAAUUGUUUAUUAUUAUUGGUUUUUAUUUCGUUAUUAACAAUAAUAAAAGGUGCCUAUAAUCCAAUUCCAAUUGGAUCUGUUAUUAUUUCAACUAUAAAUAAAAUAUUUGUUAUGCAACCAAACGAAUAUGGUGGUAAUGAUCGUUUGCUUACUAUAUUCACAGCAACAACAAAUAUGACUAUUGUAAAUACUAUAUAUGAUCCAACACUUCGUAAUCUUUAUAUACUCUUUACAAACGAAGCUAAUGGUACUAUUUAUUUAUGUCAAUUAAUUGCUAAUGAAAAACUUGAUUCAACAAUUUAUUCAUUACCAAUUACAUUUGAUAUAUCAAAACUAAAUAAAUUAACUUCAUUUUCAUCAGAUGUUAAUAAUCGACGUUCUUUUCUUACAUAUCAAACAGGUAAUGUUGUUUUAUUUUCUAUGAGUGGUUUAAUGCAAAUUCAAUUAUCAAUACCAACAACAAUUACAAAUCCAGUACGUUCAGUUGCUUAUGCUAAUUCUUUAGAUCGAUUAUUUAUUAUAACUAAUUCAACAAUUGAUUCUUGUAUUAAUCUUAAUACAAAUAAUCUUCAAUGUUGUCAAGCACCACUUAAAUUUGAUCAAAUUCGUUCAAUAACAUUUGAUUAUGGAUCUGGUAAUAUAAAUGUUUAUAUUCUUGAUCAAACAACAGGUAUUUAUAGUGUUGUUUUAAAUUCAGCUGGAUGUCCAAGAUCUGUUGAUUCUGUAAAUACACUUGGAACUUAUAGUAAUAUUCAGUUUGUUAUUGAUCGUGGUUUAUAUUUUGCAUCUGGAAGUUCUCCAAAUCAAAAUGAUAAUUCCAUAUUAAUUAUUGCUAAUGGUACACAAACAUCACGAAAUAUUCCUAUUGGAACAACUAUUGUUGCAUUACAUAUUUCAUAUCCAUCUAUGACAUCAACAUCAGAUACAAAAGAAACUUGUUUUCAUGGUAUAACCUAUUCUGAUUAUCGUAUUGCUGUUAUACUUGCAGCUGUAUUUGGUACAGUUAUGGGUAUUUUUAUGUGUUUUAAUGCAUUAUUCUGUAUUGAUUUCUUUAUGACAAAGAGUAUUAUACGUAAUUUGAAAAAACAAAUACCACAUAAUUUAUUAGAAGAUCGAUGGAAUAAAUUAGUUGAAGAAAAAUAUGCAAAAAUAGCACUUGAUAGACAACGACAGCACGAUAAUCCACCGCCAGCGAGACGUAAAUCAUCUAUAUUUGAUCGGAAAACUUCAACAGUUAUGCCUGCUAGUAGCGGUGUUACUACUACUAGUACUCGAGGUAGAGAACUGAAUACAAGUGGUGAUGAACCUUCUUCUGGUUCUGCUAGAAAGCCAAGAAUAUUGCAAAAUCUUCGACGUAUGAGUGACAAUUAUUUUACUCGUCGUCGAAGUGCAGAUUAUCCAACUGAUCAGGGUCCAUCACGUUUUGAAUUUACUGCUGCACAAUUACGAACACCACGAACUCCAAUACAAUCCGGUCAAAACUAUAUUGAAUCUGUAGCAGAAGAAGAUGAAAAGCAAGAUCAAAAAGGACUUCGACAAAAUCUUAGUGGACAACAAUUAAUUAAAUUGGAUGAAGAUUUUCUGUAG